UAUCAUAUGAUCAUUCACAUGGAAGCCAAGAAGCGAAGCGAUACUUAAAGCUAUAAUCAAGAUCAUCGAUGGCUGCCAGUCUACCCAAGAGCAAGCAGCCUAGCUUGGUGGGUAAGCUAGAGGGGCACACUGACACCAUCAACCAAGCAGUGCCCAUCCCAGGGGAGGAUGCCAUCAUCAGUGUGGCAGAUGACAAGACAAUGCGAGUGUGGGUGAAGCGAGACAGUGGUCAGUACUGGCCCACCAUCUGCCAGGUCUACCAAGCUGCGGCCAGCUCCCUCUGCUAUCACCACUCAUCCAUGAAGCUUUUUGUGGGUCUUUCAAACGGAACUAUUCAUGAGUACAAGUUGUCUAGGGACCUCAACCGACUGGACCCCAAGAGAACCUACCUUGCCCACGCUGGCCGGGUGACUGGUCUCCAUUGUGUAGAUGAGCAGGAUUGGUUGUUGAGUGUGAGCAGAGACAAGUCCUUCCAAUGGUACUGCACCAAGACUGGCAGGAAACUGGGAAGCUUUGAGGCCCACGCUUGGUGUCUGGCUGUACAGUAUGACCCCAAGAAUAACUAUGGCUUUGUGUCAGACUACAGUGGUCAGAUUAAUGUGCUCAAACUGGACACUACUGGUAUCAGCUUUGUCACUACUCUCAAGGGACAUCAGAGUAGUGUGCGGUGUCUGUGUUAUGACAGUGAGAAGAGGAUCCUCUAUUCUGGAGGGUUUGAUCAGAUCAUUGUAGUCUGGGACAUUGGCUCUCAACAAGGAACUGCCUUUGAACUCACAGGGCACAAGAGCAAGAUCAGAGCACUCUACUUCUCACACACUCAUAAACUAUUGUCAGCCUCUGAAGACAAAGUAGUUGGCCUCUGGGACCUGGACUCUGAGAGACAGGAGACGGCAGAGUGGGGGGCUGGCAGUGCUUGUGAAAAGUGUGGAGUACCUUUCUUCUGGAACGUCAAGGAAAUGUGGGCUCAGAAGACAGUGGGUGUACGACAACAUCAUUGUCGUCGAUGUGGACGUGCUGUGUGUGCUACUUGCUCACACCAUGAGUCAACAUUUCCACCAAUGGGAUUUGAGAUACCAGUACGCAUGUGUGAGGACUGUCAUGCUGAUGUCUCCACUGACGAUCGCAACCCAUUGGCCAGUUUUGUGACACUACCAUUCAGUAUAUUGUACAUGGCGAUGGACGAGGGGCGUGGCUUAAUGGUUACCACAGAUACAGACAAGGUCAUCAGGGUCUACGAUGCUAGGCAAAUGCUGGCAGACUGAAAUAUGAUAUUAAUAUCAUUAAUUGUUUGUGUGUGUGUGUUUGUUGCAGUGUAUUAGUUAACCGCUAUAUAUAAUUAUAACUACUAAACAAUUUUUUCCGUUAUUGAAUUGUUUUAGUGGUGAUCUUUACCCAUCCAAUGUGUUGUUGUGUGACCUGA